AGGCGACAGUGCACUACGACCUUGAGCAGUGCGACACGUGUCGCAAACCAACUGCAGCUGCAUUACUACAAUAGUUCCACAGGCCAGUACAACGAUGGCGAGUUGUGGACUGAUGCGAAUUCAUUAGAGGACCUGCACAACUUAAUGCUGUCAACCGGUGGUGACGACUAUCAGAAUGUAGCAGAUACUUCGUAUAUAGGGAAGGCAGCAUUGGACUCUAACACAAACUGGGCGAACAUCCUUGGUGGCAGUAACGAUGAUGCUCAGUGGAUCAUUCUGGCGCUAUGGAAAAUCGCGGACUACAAGUCUGCGAGAGGUCAAGAUAACAGUGCAUACCUUUCUAGUGCUGCCAAAAUUUAUGACAUGGUUGCAGGGGAAUGGGAUAACACCUGUGGAGGUGGAGUGUGGUGGUCUACUGAUCACACGUAUAAGAAUGCGAUCACUAAUGAACUGUUUUUGUUGACUUCGGCUGCUGGGUACCUGCGAACAAAGAACGAAAGGUAUCUUGAGAAUGCGAACAAGGAAUGGACUUGGUGUAUCGCUUCCGGCAUGCGUGGCUCCAGUGGACUGUUCAACGAUGGCCUCAACUUGGAGACCUGCAAGAAUAAUGAGCAAACCACCUGGACCUAUAACCAAGCCGUUGUCGCUUCAGGUCUUGCCGCUCUUUAUGCUGCAACGGGUAACACAAGCUUGUUGGAUCAGGCUGAAGUCAGCUUGGAUGCAACUAUGAGUUACCUCAGCCCACUCACCGACAAUGGCAUCCUGAGAGAAUCUUGUGACUCGGCGUCUGGUGGUAAAACCUGCAAUCACGAUCAGCAAAUUUUUAAGGGUAUCUGGACCAAACACGUCCAGUAUUACUUGGACAACGCCAAUGAUGCUUCUCGCACCUCCAAGUACAGUGAUUUCCUUGGCUGUCAGUAUUCGGGUGUCGUAGAGCACGCGACCAAUUCUACAAAUGAUGUUGGAUCUGUGUGGUAUGCCGGGAAUCAAGGAGGAUCUCAAUGGAGUCCAGAGGCUUCAGCGAGUGGUCUUCAGGCCCUUAUAUCUGCUGCAAAG